AUGCCGUCUGCAACUCUUCCCAAGAGGCCGAAGCCUUUCUUUAUUGUCCAUCCGAUUGAAGGAGUUGUUAGCCUCCUUGAAGAGUUUACUUCCAACUUACCAUUCAAUGUUUAUGGUUUCCAAUACACAAAAGAUGUCCCUGAUGAUAGUAUUCGGUCUAAGAAGGGUGAUGCUGAUGAGUGUGAUGCCUUCGCUUACUACAUUACUCUAAUUAAGAAUGUUGAUUACCUGGAAUAUAGUAAGCUCCAAGAAGAGUUCAAAGCCUUGCCUGACUUCAAUUCUAGAUUGGAACUGUGUGCUCAAAAACUGAAAGAUUACAGUGAAUCAGAAGAAGAUUUGAAGGCUGCUAUUGUAGCAUUCUAUAAAAAAUUAAUUGCCAUUGAUAGAUAUAAAGCAUCUGCUAUUUUUGAAGGAAAGGUUGUUCUCUUUAAGACUGAAGAAAGUUCUCUUGUUAUUGAAAGUGAUUAUGGACUCAAAAAGAUCUGCAAACACAGCCCUGAGAUUCAUUCCUUUUCAACCACUCACCAGGACAUCAUCAAAGGCCAAGUCGCUAAGGAAAUAGCUGACAAGAUCAUCAAGCUGUGAAAUCAUGAUAUACUACUUUCAAGUGUAAAAGAAAAGAUCAUUGAAAUAUUUGAAGAAAGAAAAUUAAUUGAACUAAUUAUGCUUACAAAGAUCAGGCAUAGAUGCACAAGUUACAAAAUUAAUAUGCUUAAUGUCUGCUAUUCUAUUGUAUAGGUAGUAUAUAUCUAGAUUAAGAAACUCCCAGUGUAUUGUAGUCAUGAUAGAACUCUUAUUAUUAUUAAGUGAAAAAUCAUAGAAACUUUUUUUUUUUUCAUCAUGUAAAUACUAUUAGAUUGUAUAGUUAUGACAUUAACAUAUUUUACAACAUUAUAAUAUUUUUUGAAGUAUGUCUGUUUUACUAAAAUCUACUUUGUUGUGAUGAUUUUUCAUUUAUACAACCAUUUGUGAAUGUUACAUUUGUUUAAUUUAUUAUUAUUAUAUAAACCAAAUUUCAUAUUAUUAUGGUCAUAUUUUUUUUAAUGUAUGCUUAAUUUUAUUAGUUAUUCCUGGCAUACGUUUCAAUUAAAAAAAAAAAAAAAGCAGCUCAUUUUAAUUAUG